AUGGAGAAGAACGGCGAGGUUCCCAACACCGGAGCACCUUCUCCCUCCAUGGAGAACAGCGGCGGGGCUCCCAACACCGGAGCACCUGAGGAGGUGCCGCCGGUGGUGGAGGUCCGGGAGCAGGACCGGCUGAUGCCGAUCGCGAACGUGACCCGCAUCAUGCGUCGCAUGCUCCCUCCCCAUGCCAAGAUCUCCGACAACGCCAAGGAGCUGAUCCAGGAGAGCACGUCCGAGUUCAUCAGCUUCCUCACGGGCGAGGCCAAUGAGCGGUGCCUGAAAAGCCGCCGCAAGAUCCUCACCGCCGAGGACAUCCUCUGGGCCAUGGACAACCUCGGCUUCGACGACUACGUCCAGCCCUUCACGGCCUACCUGCAGCGCAUGCGCGACAUCGAGAACAACAGGACCAUGCUUCGCUUCGAAGCAGGCGGGAAAUAAUCAUCCCAGCAUAUUAUGAAAACAACGAAAUUAAUUUCUCGUGGCUCAGGAAAUUCCACAAGGACGACGUUCCCGACGAGCAACCUGAAGGACGCCGUGGAGCAGAGCGUUGAGCUGUCCCCGCCCGCGGAGCCAAAAAAGAUGACCCUGGAAGGCGACAGCGUCCUCGACGACAUGGAAGAACUCAGCUUCGACGACUAUGUGCAGCCCCUCAGCGAUUACCUCCGCCUGUACUACGAGCUCCACGACCUCGUGAGACGUGACGACCGUCAGCCUGCACCACCGCCACCGGCUGCCGCUGUGACGACGGUGGAGAUGCCACCGCCACCACCUCCACAGCCGUCCGGAGCUGCAGCCGCAAGCACCUCUAGGAUGCCACCUGCUUCUGCUGCUGCCCCUGCCCGUGACGAUGAGUGA